GCAGCCCCCCUGGACCCCGACACAAUCGCUUGUCCUGAGCGAAGGGUCCCUUCUCCCCUGCAGUGUGGCGCCCCUCUCUCGGCCCGGGUCGCCCCCCUCCUCCUUCCUGGCGCUGCCCCUCCUCGGUCCCGCCCCCCGCGCCGAGUUGGGAGCGCCGCAGUGGCCGCUGCCUGCACCGCCCGGCCCGGGAGCCGCCGCUUUGCCCGCUUGCCGGGCACGCUCAGAGCGCAGCGCGCGUAGCCGGCCCCGGCUCUUCGGUGCUACUCCACGGCCGGCCUCGGGGAGCCCGGCCGCCGCCCGGGCCAGGCAGCUCCGCUCUCGGACAGCCGCGCUCCGCGUCACAGGAACUUGGGCAGGACCCCGACGGGACCCGUGCGCGGAGCUGCAUCUGGAGCCCCGCGGCUAUGCCCUGUGCUCCUCUCCCUGCCGGCCGUUCGUUCUGUGCCCCGGCCCGGCCACAGACGGCCGCGCGUUGAGAUGACUUUCCGCGAUCUCCUGAGCGUCAGUUUCGAGGGACCCCGCCCGGACAGCAGCGCAGGGGGCUCCAGCGCGGGCGGCGGCGGGGGCAGCGCGGGCGGCGCGGCCCCCUCGGAGGGCCCGGCGGUGGGCGGCGUGCCGGGGGGCGCGGGAGGUGGCGGCGGCGGCGUGGUGGGCGCAGGCAGCGGCGAGGACAACCGGAGCUCCGCGGGGGAGCCGGGGAGCGCGGGCGCGGGCGGCGACGUGAAUGGCACGGCGGCCGUCGGGGGACUGGUGGUGAGCGCGCAGGGCGUGGGCGUGGGCGUCUUCCUGGCAGCCUUCAUCCUUAUGGCCGUGGCAGGUAACCUGCUUGUCAUCCUCUCAGUGGCCUGCAACCGCCACCUGCAGACUGUCACCAACUAUUUCAUCGUGAACCUGGCCGUGGCAGACCUGCUGCUGAGCGCCACCGUACUGCCCUUCUCGGCCACUAUGGAGGUUCUGGGCUUCUGGGCCUUUGGUCGGGCCUUCUGCGACGUGUGGGCCGCCGUGGACGUGCUGUGCUGCACGGCCUCCAUCCUCAGCCUCUGCACCAUCUCCGUGGACCGGUACGUGGGCGUGCGCCACUCACUCAAGUACCCAGCCAUCAUGACCGAGCGCAAGGCGGCCGCCAUCCUGGCGCUGCUCUGGGUCGUAGCCCUGGUGGUGUCUGUAGGGCCCCUGCUGGGCUGGAAGGAGCCCGUGCCCCCUGACGAGCGCUUCUGCGGUAUCACCGAGGAGGCGGGCUACGCUGUCUUCUCCUCCGUGUGCUCCUUCUACCUGCCCAUGGCGGUGAUCGUGGUCAUGUACUGCCGCGUGUACGUGGUCGCGCGCAGCACCACGCGCAGCCUCGAGGCGGGCGUCAAGCGCGAGCGAGGCAAGGCCUCUGAGGUGGUGCUGCGCAUCCACUGUCGCGGCGCGGCCACGGGCGCCGACGGGGCGCACGGCAUGCGCAGCGCCAAGGGCCACACCUUCCGCAGCUCGCUCUCCGUGCGCCUGCUGAAGUUCUCCCGUGAGAAGAAAGCGGCCAAAACUCUGGCCAUCGUCGUGGGUGUCUUCGUGCUCUGCUGGUUCCCUUUCUUCUUUGUCCUGCCGCUCGGCUCCUUGUUUCCGCAGCUGAAGCCAUCGGAGGGCGUCUUCAAGGUCAUCUUCUGGCUCGGCUACUUCAAUAGCUGCGUGAACCCGCUCAUCUACCCCUGUUCCAGCCGCGAGUUCAAGCGCGCCUUCCUCCGUCUCCUGCGCUGCCAGUGCCGUCGUCGCCGGCGCCGCCGCCCUCUCUGGCGUGUCUACGGCCACCACUGGCGGGCCUCCACCAGCGGCCUGCGCCAGGAUUGCGCCCCGGGCUCGGGCGACGCGCCCCCCGGAGCGCCGCUGGCCCUCACCGCGCUCCCCGACACCGACCCCGAACCCCCAGGCACGCCCGAGAUACAGGCUCCGGUCGCCAGCCGUCGAAAGCCACCCAGCGCCUUCCGCGAGUGGAGGCUGCUGGGGCCGUUACAGAGACCCACCACCCAGCUGCGCGCCAAAGUCUCCAGCCUGUCGCACAAGAUCCGCGCCGGGGGCGCGCAGCGCGCAGAGGAAGCGUGCGCCCAGCGCUCAGAGGUGGAGGCCGUGUCCCUAGGCGUCCCACACGAGGUGGCCGAGGGCGCCACCUGCCAGGCCUACGAAUUGGCCGACUACAGCAACCUACGGGAGACUGAUAUUUAAGGACCCCAGAGCUAGGCCGCGGAGUGUGCUGGGCUUGGGGAUAAGGGGGACUAGAGAGGCAGGCUGGCGUUGUUCUAAGAGCCCCCGUGCAAAUCGGAGACCCGGAAACUGAUCAGGGCAGCUGCUCUGUGGCAUCCCUGAGGAACUGGGCAGAGCUUGAGGCUGGAGCCCUUGAAAGGUGAAAAGUAAUGGGGCCCCCUGCUGGACUCAGGUGCCCAGAACUCUUCUCUUAGAAGGGAGAGGCUGCGGGCUCCGUGGGGCCUUUUGCUCCCAAUCCGUAUUUGAGAAACACUGCCCCAUCCUCCAUGCCCUGAACCCUGAGUAGACAGCCCCAAGCAUGGCCAGGAAGGCCUGCCCCUCCUCUUCUGGGAAAUAGGCACAGAAGCUUUGGCCGGCUACCCCAGUGCCUCCCUUAGAGAAAAAGUCAGUGGGACCAGGGCUCCUGAAUGGACAAAUUUCUCCUUCUUACUGCCGACUGGAGGAACCCAGUGGACCUACCACCACCCACAAGCUUUGGUGGCAGAUUGUAUAGCCAUCAUACAAGCCUGCUGUAUUUAUCCAUGGGCCCACUGUCCGCCACCCAGGCUCCUCCGUGCACACCCCAUCACCUAGCCCGUACCCCUUAUUACUUCCCCUCAAGGGCCUUACUGUUUACACUCUGUACAUAGCUCAUCGUGCCUGUGCCUAUCACUUCUUGCUGGGAUUCCAAGCCACCAAUUGGAGAGCUUUAUUUGUCAUUUUGAGACAUAUUUAUUGGUAAGAGUACUUCUAUUUUGUCCAAACUGUGCAAACUGUCCCUCUUUAGUCCAUAACCCAUUAAAAAAAAAAAAAAAAAAAACUACUUUUUUCCCCUAAAGUCUGUAAAGAACUAAAGGCCCGCAACAAAAUAGAUUGGGUCUAAAUUUGCC